AUGGCCUGGGCUGCAAGAGAUGCGCUCCGCCCUUUUCUCCUCUUCUGCCGUCUGUUCGCAUGGCUGAGUGCUGUCAUCGUCAUGGGCAUCACGGCUUGGGCCGUGACCAAGAGGGAUAGCUACCGAGUGAUCUAUCCGCUAGUGAUUGCUGUUCUAACAACAGCGUUUUAUAUUCCUGCGAUGGUAGUAUCAGCUAUGAAACGUAACCGCGGAUACAUGCUGCCCUUGGACAUUGUCCUUUCCUACUUAUGGCUUGCAGCAUUCAUCUUCCUUGCUCAGCACGUUGGGCAAGCAAACUGUCGAUGGUUCUCUUUCGGUGUCUCAAGCUCAUGCACCCGUAAGAGAACUGCUGAAGCCUUCUCUUUCCUGGCUUUCUUCUGGACGCUCUGCGCCAUGUGCUUUGAGAUCUUCAAUUUCUACUAUAGUGGAAGAGAGGGACCACUGGGAACGCACCCACAUGCCGAAAAACAUCCUCAUCCCGACGCCGGCCGUGCUCCUGCAGAUGGGCCAGCAGAUGUGGCCCAACCGGCUGCUUAA